AUGGAGCGCAGUCGCGGCGUACCUGACGCCGAGCUGUUUCUUCACAAACCUGCCGAGGAGGACUGCGACAGCCCUACGGUUGAGCCUCUCAGAAUAUUCAAGCCUCAAAGCCCCAACCCUUCCAACGACCGCUUCAAGUACUCCGCCCCUCCGUCCGCCUCGGGCUCGUCCUCCUUCAUAACGAAGCCGACCUUUCCUCUGCCACCGGGCGCAUCGAGCUCCGCUGCCCCGCUGCCUUACCCCGACGAAGAAGACCUCCGGCCUGGAAAACCGACCAAGCCUACUAUCACCGCUCCGAAGCGCUUUGGUUCCGACUAUAAUGAUACCACCCCGCGGUUGAAUGCCAGUCCUGUCGAGACGAAGAGCCCUACUCUCGCCGAACGACGCGGCGCAGGUCCAAGGCCACUGGGUGCUACAUCUCCCCAGAGUCCAGUUGGAGAAGAAGGUGGUCUCUUCGCGAAGCCCUUGACCGCGCCGCAGCCUCAGCGUCCGGCCGCUUCGAACACAAAUUACCCCUCUUACACCAAGAAGCCUUACUACCCCCCGCCGGCCGGCGCAUCUAGCUCCACGCCGCCUACUCAGAGCCAGUACCAGAGCCGACCACCUCAGAGCUCUGACCAUCUCGAUAUGCCUGGCCAGAAUAGUGUGAACAGAUUCGCCUCUACUGCUUCGACCUCGACGACCCGCGCCAGUCGGGGGUCUCCACCCCCGCCAGAAACCCCGAUUGUGGAACCCGGGGUCAUCCCUGGCGGUGGCAUCGAGGCCCGGUAUGCGGCGUCUGGUAUCUCGGGCACGGCGACCUUGACCAGCCUGCAGGCACAACAAGCACAGAGCGCCGCAGCCUCUCAGAGAUUAGCCCAGUACGGCGGGGCACCACCCCCGGCGCGACCGUGGACACCGACGGAGAACCCAGAGAAUCAACCUCAUGGGCCGCCGACGGUGUAUCAGGGAAUGAACCCGGUGACUAGCCCUACGCAGGCCACGUUCAGCCCUCCGCCCCAGCAGGCGGCGAACGAAGGAGACCAGCCAGCUCUCCAGGUCAGCGUACUUGAACAGGACUACCAGCGCCUAGGCUUGAACGACCCUCCUCCAGCCUACUCGAGCGUCACUCCCGCAAGCAACUCGUCAUACCCUGCCGAGAAGCAGAGACCUCCCCAGCAAAGAGCAGAUUCAACGCCGUCUGUUGCUACAUCUGCUGCUCAAUCACCUCCGAAGAAGCCCGCGACGGUCGGUCCUGCUGCGGCAGGGUUGGCGUCGCCUUCUCUCCAAGGUCAUCCGGCUUUCGCCAACGAUCCGAGACCGGAGCAGAACGGGCAGUCUUCAACAGCACAGAAUGCCCCCGUCGUGCAAACUGUCCAGGCUCCUCCAAGCUUCCAAGGUGCGGGUCCGUCUUCGCCGCCUCCGUUGCCGGAAGGCUGGAUUGCGCAUCUUGAUCAGAAUUCUGGACAGUACUACUACAUCCACUUGGCGUCCCAGGCUACCCAGUGGGAGUUCCCCAAGGGCCCCAACCCGAUUCAGCAUGAAGCGGCGCCCCUUUCGCCUACUGCGUCGACAUACGGCAACCCCCUCGCCUCUCCCAUGUUUGGCAAGCAAUCCCUCGGAUCCCCAAUGUUCCCUCCUCAGACACCAGGCUAUGCUGAGAGCAUCAUGAGCGUUGCGGCAUCUCAGACGCCGACAACCGCUGGGUUCUCCGGGCCGCCUCCGAGUGCAGGCGUCGAUAUGUACAGGAUCCAGCCUACCAACGGUGUUUAUUUCGGUCCCUACUUGCGAUACUGCAACAUGGACUUUGAAAAGGGCUCAUGGCUGGGAAGUAUCAUGAUCGUCACAGACGCACCGCAACCACCAACGAUUCACAUCCACCCGAGUAACGAUCUUUCACCUAACCCGCGUCAGCUAACACCGCACAAUAUCUUCACACAUCAGCGCUGGACGUUCUACAAGUACGACAUCGAUUUGCCCAUGAGCGAAGCCGGAACAGAGCGAUGGACGUACGCCGUGACAUCGCAUUUGGGAUGUACACGGUACGAAUUUGUCAUUGCUGGUCGUCAUGAAAUCGGCUGGAGGUUCAUCGCCCACUCCAACAAUGACUUUGCUGCGUCAACGUCUCAAUCCGAGCGCUCAAAGCUCGGUGGCGUGGGCUUCAUGUGGAAGGACGUUCUUCAGAAGAACGUCGACUGCGGCGGCUUCCACGUCCAGCUUGGUCUAGGAGAUCAAAUCUACGGCGACAGGCUGUGGAAGGAAGUCCCGUUGCUGAAGCAGUGGCUUGCGAUGAGCGGUAGAGACAACAGGAAGAACGCGCAAUGGACGGCGCGUCACGAGGAGGAUGUCUCCCACGCCUACUUCCACUACUACACCAGCCACUUUGACCAGCCUUACUUGAGAGAAGCUUUCGCUCAGAUCCCGCAUGUCCUGCAGAUCGACGACCAUGACAUUUUUGAUGGCUACGGCUCGUACCCUGAGUAUAUGCAAGGAUCUCAGAUGUUCAAGAACGUCGGCCGCAUCGCCGUCGAAAUGUACUUGCUCUUCCAGCACCAUACGACUGUGGAGAUUCUCCGAAACGUCAGCAACGACACCGAUCUCUUCACCAUCACCGGCCAGGGGUGGCACUUUGUCAAGUACCUUGGUCCUGCGGUGGUUGUUGUCGGCCCCGACUGCAGAUCUGAGAGGAACCAGAGUCGCGUCAUGGCCGGCCCGACUUAUCAGGGCAUAUUCCCCAAGGUCGCGACGCUACCACCCAGCGUGCAGCACUGCAUCUGGAUGGUGUCCGUACCCCUCGUCUACCCUCGUCUCGAGGCAGUCGAGAGCUUGGCCGGUGCUGUUGCGACUGGCAAGAAGGUGGUCAACACGUCCUACAACCUGCUCGGCAAGGUGACGAGCUCGGUGGCCGGCGUCGUCGGCGGCAAGGACGUUGUGGCGCAGGGCUUCACCCAGGUGAAGAAGGCUGUCGGAAAGUCCGGCCUCAUGGGCAACGUCCUGAACCAGUUUGGCGAGAUCGACAUCGCCGAGAUCCUCAAGGACAUGUGGACGCACGACUCCAAAGACCUGGAGAGGACGUACCUCAUCCGGACCCUCCAGGGCAUCUCCCAGCAAAAGGGCAUUCGCAUGACUUUCUUGUCAGGAGACGUCAACUGCGCGGGGGCAGGCCUGGUCCACGACCCGACGCACCCGAGCGACCACAAGACAAUGUACCAGGUCAUCACGUCGCCCAUUGUCGCGCAGCCGGCGAGCAACUACAUCCUCAAGCUCCUCCACAACAACAAGAGCCUCUACGUGCCGCAGAACGGGCACAAGUCCAACCACGAGGUCUCGGACACCAAGGAGGACAUGAUGGAGAUCUUCCACACGGACGCCAGCGGCUCCGCGCGCGAGCUCAAGAAGCUCAUGGGCCGCAGGAACUACGUCGCCGUCGUCGCGUACGACCCCGACGCCGUCCCCGGCCAACAGCAGCCGCCGCCGCCGCAGCAGCACCAGCAGCAGGGCUUGCAGAAGCUGAGCCUGGCGGUCGACUUUGUGGUGCAGGGCGACGGUGCCUUCACGGCGCCGACAAAGUACGGGCCGGUGAUUGUGCCCCAUCUCGAGUUUGGUCGCUAG